AUGUCUGAGUCCCUGGUAUCUUUGGGUCCUGAGGCAAACACCCCGGUCCAAACGCCUUCUGCUGAGUCUUAUGAGAAACAGGUUCCUGUAGUUUCUGCAGAACAAGCUCCCGAAGAGGCUACUGAGGAGCCUGCCACCGAGAAGCCUCUCUCUCCACCUAAUCCAUCGCCAUCGCCUGAGAAGCGCAAGCUAGAAGAAGAAGCUGCUGCACAAUCAGAGGAUGCCUCCAAAAAGAUCAAGACUGAGGCUGAAACUGAGACUGCGCAGCCUGCUCUGUCUGACGAUGCUGCUGCUGGUGGUGAUGAUGAAGCUGCUGCUGCAGUUGCUGCUGAACACAAGGAUGAAGAUACUCCAGCUGCUGACACCCCUGCUGUUGAUGAGACCUCGACCCAGAUCAGUGAGCCUGCUGUUGCUCCUGCCAAUGCAUUGCCCUCCGCUUCUCUUGUGCCUGCUCCAAAGCCACCUUCAGAACCUGACAUGGCCAAUCUUCCUGAAAACCCCAUGCCUAAACACCAAGCCAAGUUUGUUCUUAAUACCAUAAAGGCUAUCAAAAGAUUGCGCGAUGCUGGUCCGUUCCUCCAGCCUGUUGAUGUUGUCAAGUUGAAUGUGCCCUUGUACUAUAAUUACAUUCAAAGACCUAUGGACCUUGCGACAAUCGAACGUAAACUCAACCUCGAUGCCUAUGAAGACCCUUCGCAAACCGUUGAAGACUUCAACCUCAUGGUCAGUAAUUGUGUCAAGUUUAACGGUGAAGCAUCCGGCAUCUCUCGCAUGGCCAAGAACAUUCAGGCUCAGUUUGAGAAACACAUGUUGAACAUCCCUCCUAAAGUAUUGGCAUCGAAUGGCGCUAUUGACCUUGCUGCUGCCAACAGAAAGAGAAUGGCUAGUGAUGAUAUCAAGAAGGAGUCUGUAGCCGCCCACAGACCUAAACGUACCAUCCACCCUCCUAGAUCAAAGGAGUUGCCAUAUGAUGUACGUCCCCGCAAAAAGAAGUAUGCUGCUGAGUUACGUUUCUGCAACCAGCUCAUCAAAGAGUUGAUGUCCAAGAAGCUCUUCAACAUCAACUUCCCAUUUUUGCAACCAGUGGAUCCUGUUGCCCUCAACAUUCCACACUAUUUGGAAGUUGUCAAAGAGCCAAUGGACUUGUCCACCAUUCAAGCUAAACUUGCCAACAACCAAUACGAGAAUGGAGACGCAUUCGAACAUGAUGUUCGUUUGAUCUUCAAGAACUGUUAUCUCUUCAAUCCAUCAGGCAAUGAUGUCCACACGAUGGGUCAGAAACUCGAGCAAUACUUUGACAAGAAGUGGGCUGCCAAGCCCAUCCCAACUUCCACUCCUAAUCAUUCCGAUGGCGAGUACUCGAGCGACUGGGAUGAUGACGAUGAGCCUGAGAUCAGUGAGGCCAUGUUGUCUAAUGUGCCAGCCAUUCAAUUCUUAGAGAACCAGUUGGUAAGAAUGAAGAAUGAGCUUGACGAAUUGAAGAAGCAGCAUUUGGAUAAAUUGAGACAACAGAGAGACGCUCGUCGGAGAAAGAAGGGCUCUAAGAAGAAGAGCAAGCGUGCUCGCUCAAACUCCAUUCAUGACAAUGAUGCAGAGAAGCCACCUGUUGUUACUUAUGAGAUGAAGAAGCAGGUGAGUGAGAUUGUUCCUACGUUGAAUGACAAAAAAUUGCAGGCUCUUGUGAAGAUCAUCAAGGACGACAUUGUCAUCAGCGACGAGGAGGAAGUGGAGUUGGACAUGGACCAGCUCGAAGACCGCACUGUUCUCAAGCUCUACAACUUUUUGUUUGGUAAGAAGGCUACUUCUAACGCCAUGAAGAAGACCAAAAAAUCCAUGUACUCAUCAGGCAGCAUCGAGCAAUUGGAACAGUUGAAGUCCCAAUUGGAGUUGUUUGAUGCCGCUGAAAACGGCGAGGCCGGUGCUGCUGCUGCAACCAAUUUUGACAUCCACAACUUCCCUGUUGAAGAGUCUUCUGGUGACGAUCUCUCUUCCGAGUCUUCUGAAGAGGAGUAA